AUGUCUGUAGUACACUUGAAUAAAGGAGAUGAAGGCUACCACGCAUUAAUAUGGUUGUUCAUUCACCUGUGGAGGGCUUACUUCUCCCUCCCAAGGCCAUGUCCAGAAGUGGACACGAAUACAGUCAGUGUUUCUGAGGCUGGGCAGGGGGUACCCUCGGCCUGGUCUGAGCAUCUGGACAAGAGUCAGGGAAGCAGGGUUGCUUCGUUGAGAGUCCUCAUGGUGCCACUUAGCCAGCUCAUGAGUGACCCUGGGGACGGCGGGCUCCCUGGCAGAGCCCCAUGCGGGGACUUGCUGAGGGAGGUGAGAUGA